ACUCCUCGCUCUGCUCACUCUCCCCAGCAGCAGCGCCUGUCCUCCUAGCCCUUUCGCGCUAGCCGGGCUAAGCUAGCCACAUAGCUACUACAGCAGUAUUCCCUUGUAAUUAGUUUGAGACGCACCGGCUCCAACAACAUUACGGUGCACUACAGUGAUUUGGCUCCCCCAAAGAUUAACGGCAUAAAACCAGUGUGUGUGUGUGUGUUUACGGGACAUAAAUAUAGAUACUACAAUAGCAAAUAAUUGAAGAUGAUUAAGCUCUUUACCCUGAAGCAGCAGAAGAAAGACGAAGAAUCUGCUGGAGGAAACAGAACAGGAGCCGGGGGUAAAAAAGCAAGUGCGGCCCAGCUUCGGAUACAGAAAGACAUCAAUGAGCUGAACCUGCCAAAGACGUGUGAGAUCAACUUCCCUGACGACGAUGACCUUCUCAACUUCAGACUCAUCAUCUCACCAGAUGAGGGCUUCUACAAAGGCGGCAAGUUUGUGUUCAGCUUUAAGGUAGGACAGGGUUAUCCCCAUGACCCGCCCAAGGUGAAAUGUGAGACCAUGGUGUACCACCCCAACAUUGACCUGGAAGGAAACGUCUGCCUAAAUAUCUUAAGAGAGGACUGGAAGCCAGUGUUGACAAUAAAUUCCAUUAUCUAUGGCUUACAGUAUCUGUUUCUAGAACCCAACCCAGAAGACCCACUGAACAAGGAGGCAGCGGAGGUGCUUCAGACCAACCGGCGGCUCUUUGAGCAGAAUGUGCAGCGCUCGCUGCGGGGGGGCUACGUGGGGGCAACCUACUUCGAGAGGUGUCUGAAAUAGCUCGUCGACAACCACCAACUCCACCCCACCCCCAAAUCACCCCAACUCUCCUCGACUGGGCCCCCAUCCUCCCUUCCCAAGCCCAACCAGUCGAUGCCACCCACCCCUCCCUUUUACUUUUCUGCCCUGCUCGGCAAACAGCGGUGAGCAGAAGCUAGCACGCCACAAAGACGCUUUUCAGUUUUUGAUUAUUAUUAUUUUUCAAAGGAGGUUGAAGAAGAAAAACCACCAAUGCCCGCCCCACCCAGCCCAGCCCUCUUCUGUACUUACUAGACGCAUUCUACUGUUUACACCCUUCUGUUUGGGCCACCACGCACACACAUGCAUACCCUGACAGAAACACACACACUCUCAUACAUACACACACACACACACACACACGUAUCUGACUCCAUCGCUUGCAGGGUAAAUGUUCUGGGGGAGGGGGGGUAGCUGGGUGGGGGUCUGGGGAGGGAGCUGGAGGGGGGGGGAUGUGGUAACGUGGUCGGUGAAGGUGGAGGUGGCCUGAGUGAGUUCAUCAUUUGCUUACGGCUCUCACACUGAUUAUGAUGAUGAUACCCACAUUGUUGUUCUUUUUUUGUGGAUUAGAGACUCACUCACUGACUGACUGACUUUAGGAAGACAGACAGACAAACCGGCAGACAGGUCACUCCCGUUCUCCUUAAUACUCACUGGUAUGGUCAGAGGUAUUCAGUGAGCACGAACCAAAGGGAGGAGGCAAAACUUAAUUCACUCUGUACACACACACACACACACACACACACACACACCCCAAUAACAGCCAAUUGAGAUCUGCACUUGCUGCUACACACUCAACAUGAUCACAUGUGCAAAAUAAAUGCUUUUACACACACAGGCUGCAGGCUCAAAGGGGGAGGAUGACAGACAGGCAAGAGCAGUAAUGUCAUAAUAACAGGAGUUCUGUGGGAAUGGAGACAUAUUUGUUUCACUGUUGUUUUCUUUUGGGUGUGGGUGGGACCACGGCAGUUUACCGUGGAGUUUGGGAUUAUAUGAGUAGGGACGGGGUGGGUGUGGUCAUGAAACGGGGAGGGGCUUAAAAUGUUACAAUACUAAUGUGUAUAUUGAAACCCCAGCUGUUCACGUUGACUGCAAUAUGAAUUAUGUUAAAUAAAAUAUGUACUUGAAUGAUUAUACAUAUUGUAACAUCCAUGUAGGCACUACCGGACACAGCCCUAGAACACAGUGAUAAGACACCUGUAUUUAUUUUGGUAGUUAUGUGUCAUGUGUUUAAAUAAUACCACGUUGGCAGAUAACAUUGAAAGGACAUUAUGAAAGUUCACAGUAAACUAGAUGAAAGUGCACCGCAACCUAGUUGAAUAACUCUUAUAAAAGAGGAUUUUAAUCAACCAUACUUGAAGGGAAUUGGGUAAAAUUGUGCCUUUUCCUGUUCUGGCGCCUAUUUUAAGCUCAAGUCAAACCUGUGCAUGUUGUAUCAGUACUGCUGCCGUAAUACCUGUAGUGUCUCCAUGGAAAUACUCGAAAGUGCUGUCUCUGAUCAUCCUCCGCUAAGGGCAUGGUUUUGCCAACUUGCCAGGGUCUAUAGUGACGCUCAUGUUACAAAUAUCCCAUGCUGGUUCACGUAAAGAGCUUUUGCCAAAUGCAUUUGCGUAGAAAAUAGUGUGAAACCAAUAAUAUAGCACCAAGUCGGCCACGAUGGAUGUGUGUAUGUAUUACCAUAUCAUACACAUUCAACAUGAGAAUGGAUAAUUAAGGAUUUAUGCAUUGGAAGCAUUAAAAUCCAAUUGUUUGUGACUACCUGAA